AUGCUUCCUGUAUCUCGACACCCCCCUGCACAUCGCGACAAGCCAGAUGCUGGUUACCUAUGGGGACUACGAUGUUUGUCCUUGGCCUUGCACGAGAUUUGGGACCGAGAGCGGAAAAGACGCCUUGAUGCUUCAUUGGCCUCCCUUCACGAGCAUGCCACCGCAGAAGACCGUUUGUCGUCGCUUCGCACUGCUGAUAUAGGCCCAUUACAGGUUCCGGGUGGCGAGAUCUUCUUACAGCUCUUUGGUGACUAUCAUGCCUCCGGCUCUUUGUCAGGGUAUAUAUCUACAUAA